AUGGCUGCGCUCGGCUCCUUCCCCCUGCUGGUCGAAGGGUCCUGGGGCCCCGACCCCCCGAAGAACUUGAGCACCAAGUUGCAGAUGUACUUCCAGAGCGCGAGGAGAUCCGGAGGCGGGGAGUGUGAGGUCCUCCAGGAACCCGGCACCCCGUCCCGCUUCCUGGUGUUCUUCCAUCUAGAGGACGUUCGGCAAAAGGUUCUGGAGACAAAGAACCAUGAGUUGCUAUGGCCAGGAAUGGGAGCAUUCCAGUUAACUGUCCAGUUGCCUACAGCCCCAGAUGAAGUCCAGGAUAUCUUUGAGGGGAAAAUUCCAACAAAGGAUUUGGAGACCAAAGAACAUGUCAAAGAACCAGAUGUGUCAGAAGAACUGGAUACAAAACUUUCUCCCAGUAGAAGAUCAGAGAAAAUGGAAGAUACCUCAGAAGAGUGUGAAAAUACUGCCUCUUUGGUUGCAUUUGAAAAUCUCAAGGCAAAUGUAACCGAUAUAAUGUUAAUCUUGAUAGUGGAGAAUAUAACUGGCCUGUCCAAUGAUGCUUUUCAAGUGGAAGUAAUACGAGAUUUUGACGUUGCUGUAGUUACCUUUCUAAUGCAUGUGGAUGCUGUGAAAUUUGUUGAUGAUUGUCCCAGGCACCACUCAGUGAAACAACUCCAGCUUUCUCCAAGACUUCUGGAAGUGACGAAAACAAUCAGGGUUGAAAACCUGCCACCUGGUGUGGAUGACUAUAAUCUGAAAUGUUUAUUUGAAAAUCCUCAAAAUGGAGGAGGAAGAGUUGCCAGUAUUGAGUGUUUGCCUGAAGAGAAUUCGGCUCUGAUUGAGUUUUUUGACAAAAAAGUGUUACACACCAUCCUGACCAAGAAACUAAACCUCAAUAACAUGCCACUCUCUGUGUUUCCGUACUAUUCCUCUUUGGGCACGGCCUUGUAUGGAAAGGAGAAACCUCUGAUCAAGCUUCCAGCACCAUUCAGAGAAUCAUUAGAUCUUCCCUUAUGGAAGUUCUUACAGAAAAAAAAGCAUCUGAUUGAUGAGAUAAAUGACAAAGUGAGACAUUGUCACUGUGAUCUAAUAUGGUCCGAACUCAGUAGUGAAGUUACCAUCAGACCUGCAACCACAUUAUUCUGUCUUGGUAGACUGAGAAUCAGGAGCUGGAAGGAAGACGUUUCCACGGCAUUCUCUAGCAUCAGGUCUAAAUAUAAAGUUACCCCCUUUAAAGUGCAUCCCACAGUAUGGGACACCAUAAAAAAGAGUGUAGAAGACGACAGGAUUUUGAUUGAAUUUGAUACACUUACGGGGAUUGUAACCUUAGUAGGGAAAUCAGAGGAUGUACAGAACAUUGAGCCACAAAUCAAGGAAUUAAUAGAAAGUACCACUCAAAAAAUUAAAAGAGAAGAGCAAAGUCUAAAGGGAAAAGUGGCCAUUUCUCCAGGAAGGUAUUCUCUUUUGUGUCACAGCGAUAUUCUGGAGCGUCUCCACACUGAGUGCCCAGAGAUGGAGAUUUGUUAUGAUGAAGUUUCUCAACACGUGUGCUUCAAAGGCCUCUACACAGAUGUGUAUAAAGCAAAGUGUGAAAUACAGAAAAAGAUGUACACCAUGGUUCAAAAAAGCAUCCAGCUUCCCCCUGAGAUUUUCCAGUUUUUGCAAAAAGGAGACUGUAUAGAAUUCUCUAAGUCUCUUUUGAUGGCACAGAAAAUUCUUGCAGUUUAUGAGCUGGAGGGUAAAAAUGUUCUCUUAAUCGGCUAUUCCUCUGAAGUCCUAUUAGAUGCUGAAAAGCAAAUGGUCAGUGCCUUAAGUUAUAAGCGCAUCAACAUCGAGGACAGGGACAUUCUUAAUGGCAAGAAAUGGAAAGGGCUCACCCACAGUUUGCAUAAGAGACAUAAUUCCUCCUCAAAGACUGUAAUAAUCGAUGAGUUAACUUCAAAAACCAAAGCUGAGGUCAUCAUCGCGGGCUGUGUGAGAGAAGUGAAUGAAUCCUAUAGCUUGCUUUUGGACUUUGUGGAAAAACACAUGAAAAUAGAGAGAUUGAUUGAAAUAGAGCCUCCCGUAAUCAUUGAUUAUUUAAGGAUAGAAAAAAAACCAUUCUGGCAAAAGAUAAAGACGAUAAAUGUUCAGGUAACUUUCAAUAUUGAGAAUAAACAAAAAGGCAUUUUACUAACUGGGCCAAGGGCCAAAGUCCUGGAGGGCGUGAGCAUCAUCAAGCAAGCCUUGGGUUCCAUCUGUAUUGAAAGCGUCCAUAUUGAUAAGCCAUUGGUCAGCCAGUUCUUCCAGGAGAAAGCACAGUAUUAUAAAAGAGAGAUCAAACGGUUAUUUGGAUGUUCCAUUGACCUACAGGAGAAUGGAGGGGAGAAGGAGGGAGGCGGCGCGGAUGGGCAGAAGUGCUUGUCGCAGGUAGAGCUGGCCCCCGGAGUCUCACUGAUGGUGCAGCAGGGUGACUUGACCAAGUUUCCUGUCGAGGUGGUGGUGAGCAGCACCAGUGAGGACCUGCAGCUCUGCAACAGCCUGGCGGCGGCUCUUUCCAAAGCAGCCGGCCCUGAGCUCCAAGAGGACUGUAACCAGAUAGUGAAGAAAAUGGGCAAGAUCCUUCCCGGCAGCGCCAUCAUCUCGAAAGCAGGCAAACUCCCAUACCGCCACGUGGUCCAUGCGGUGGGGCCCCGGUGGAAGGACGACGAGGACCUGAAGUGCAUGCUCCAGUUAAAGAGAGCUGUAGAAGAAAGUCUCCGUUUGGCUGAAACACACAGGUGCCGGUCCAUAGCCAUCCCGGCCAUCAGUUCCGGAGCUGGUGGCUUUCCCUUAGCCCAGUGUGUGAAGACGAUUGUUUUGGCUAUCAAGAAGAACUUCCAGUUUAAGCAGGAUGGACACACCUUGAAAGAGAUUUACCUUGUGGAUACAGCUGAGAAGACUGUCCAGGCCUUCGCAGAAACUGUGAAAACUGUAUUUGCGGACUCCCUGCCUCCUACAGCUCCCAGGCCCAGUGUACCGCAGAUGGUCCAGCCCGUCUUGACCAACGUUCAUGGACACAGUCAAAUUCUGUUGUCCCAGGGAAACCUGAGGAUCCUGCUGGUGAAAGGAGAUGUGCAGAGCGCCACGGCUGAUGUUCUUGUCAACUCCAUUCCGGUGAAUCUUCAGCUUAAUAAAGGGCUCCUUUCUCAGGCCCUCUUGGCGAAAGCUGGGCCAAAGCUCCAGGAGGAAUUGGACAGAGUCGGCCAAGCGAAGCCUGUUGGCAUGGGUACAGUUCUCCGAACCAGUGGACACGGUCUACACUGCCACCAUGUGCUUCAUGUAGUGGCUCCGGACUGGAGAGAUGGCUGCACAUCUUCCUACAAGAUCAUGAGAGACAUUAUCAGAAAAUGUCUGGAAAUCACCGAGAACUUGUUCUUAAGAUCAAUUGCAUUUCCAGCAAUAGGAACAGGAAAUUUGCGGUUUCCUAAAACUGUUUUUGCUGAAUUAAUAACUUCAGAAGUGUUAAACUUUAGUAGCAAGAUUCAACUGACAGCUUUACAAGAGGUUCAAUUUCUGCUGCACCCUAGUGAUCAUGAAAAUAUUCAGGCAUUUUCAGAUGAAUUUGCCAGAAGGACUAAUGGAAGUUUCGUCAGUGACAAAAUUCCCAAGGCUGAAGAUGCACAAGGUUUCCAUGAGACUGAGUCUAGCCCUAAUGUAGACGUGCGUGAAAUGAAAAUUGGUCCCAUCAUCUUCCAGGUGGCCUUUGGAGAUAUCACCAAAGAAAAGGCUGAUGUGAUUGUAAAUUCAACAUCAAAAGCAUUUAAUCUCAAAGCAGGGGUGUCCAAAGCAAUUCUAGAAUGUGCUGGACAAAAUGUGGAAAUGGCAUGUUCUCGCCUAGCUCAAAAGGGCAACAGUGAUUAUAUAGUUACUGAAGGUGGAUUAUUGAGGUGCAAGAAUAUUGUUCACAUCAUUGGCGGAAAUGAUGUCAAGAAAUCGGUCUCCCUUGUUUUGCAAGAGUGUGAAAAACGGAAUUACUCGUCAAUUUGCCUCCCAGCCAUUGGGACAGGAAAUGCCCAAAAAGACCCAGGUAAGGUUGCUGAUGCCAUAAUUGAGGCCAUCGAAGACUUUAUCCAGAAAGGAAUGCUCCAGUCUGUGAAAAAAGUUAAAGUUGUUAUCUUUCUGCCUCACCUACUGAACGUGUUUUAUGACAGCAUGAAAAAAAGAGAAGCAUCUCUGGCUUCUCCCCAGCCGUCUCUGAAGUCUAAAUUGACACCAUCUGUGGGCUCCCCAAGUCAAUCUCCACAAAAGCAGAAUCCUUUGGUUUUGAAAAAGAAAACAGAAUCAGCAAGUUUUCAGGUGUGUGGUGAAAGUGUAAAAUGUAUAGAAAACGUUGUCUCCUGGAUACAGGAUCUGAUUACAAAGGAACUGUGCCCUUACACCAAUGAAGAUGAGUGUAUCAAAGAUUUUAAUGAAAAAGAAUAUCAGAAAUUGAAUGAGCUGCAGGAGAACUUAAAUAUUGCCAUUUGCUUGGACUGUAGAAGACCUUUGAUUGAGGUUUUUGGAAUUGGCAAAGAUUUGACACAGGCUAGAAAUGCAAUUGAGGAAAUGAUCAAGGGAAUGAGAUUGGCCAAAGAACAGAAAUCCCAGGCAGAGUUUAUCAGUGAAUUUAUAGAAUGGCAAUAUUACAACAAUAGUACUUUUCAUAGUUUUGACAAAAUAACCAAUCUGCAAUUGGAGAAUGCAAGGAAGGCAAAGAAAAGAACUGUUGUCAAAAUUAAUCAUCAGAGCUACACAGUGGACCUGACCACACACACUGCUACAGAUGCAAAAGGACAGAGUUUACCUGUUCAGCGCCUCAUGAAAUCUGAAGUUAAGAUCCCUGAGCACUGGAGUGAUAUGAAGCAGCAGGAUGUCUGUGUGGUUGAGCUACAGCCUGGUCAUGCAGAAUAUAACACAGUGGCAAGCAAGUUUAAUCAGACCUGCUCACACUUCUACAUACAGAAGAUUGAGAGGAUCCAGAAUCUAAAUCUCUGGAAUUGCUACCAAACAAAGAAGAAGACCAUGGAUGCCAAGAAUGGGCAUAAAGACAAUGAGAAGCAGCUCUUCCAUGGGACAGAUGCUGACUCAGUGCCACAUGUCAACCAAAAUGGCUUUAACCGCAGUUAUGCUGGAAAGAAUGCUGUGGCAUAUGGAAAGGGAACCUAUUUUGCGGUCAAUGCCUGUUAUUCUGCCAAUGAUACAUACUCCAGACCAGACAGAUAUGGGAAAAAGCAUAUGUAUUAUGUGCGUGUACUUACUGGAACCUACACACAUGGAAAUUCCUCACUAAUUGUGCCUCCUCCAAAGAGCCCUGAAAACCCUACUGACCUGUAUGACACUGUCACGGAUUCUGUACAGAAUCCCCAUUUAUUUGUGGUAUUUUAUGACUACCAGGCUUACCCAGAGUACCUCAUUACUUUCACCAACUAACAUUUUGGUAUCCUUCCCAGAAGACAUUGCUCGUCUAUACAUGCCGAGUUGUAAAAUAAGUUUCAGGUGUUUUUUCCUCUUAACAGCAUUUUCUAAGCUCAAAGGAUCCUUGUCACUGAAAUCAGAC